AUGGAUCCGUUUUUGGCUCUGCUGCACUCUUUCUCCUCGAGCUUGACGGACAGUGAGCUUGCGUCCCUGAAGUUUCUGUGCCGGGGGAAAAUUGGGAAAAGGAAGCUUGAGUCUGUGCAAAGUGGCGGGGGGGGCUAUCUGGAGCAGCAGCUGAUUGCAAGAGACAAGGUGUCGUUUCUUGAAGGCUUGCUUGAGAGCAUUAAAAGAGAAGAUUUGGUCUCACAGCUAAAGCAGUUCGUAGAGGAAGGAGAAGUUAACGCUGAUGAUGAUCAACCAGAUGUGCAUGAAAAACGUCUUCAAAAGGCAGCUAUGGAAGUCAUAUGUGAAAAUGUCGGGAGAGACUGGAAAAGGCUGAUACGAAAACUUGGCCUUUCUGAAGUGAAAAUGGACAGAGUAGUGGCAGCCAAUCCACUUAAUUUGCACGAACAGUUGUUUCAGUCACUUCGAGAGUGGCAGAAAUGGAAGGGAAAAGAUGCAAAGGUGACUGACUUAAUAAAAGCUCUUCGGGACUGUAAUAUGAAUUUGGUGGCAGACACAGUUGAACAGAAGAUCUUGCUGCUGAACAGUGGAACCAGGUGA